AGCCACGUUUCAUCUUCGUUCCUCACUCUUGUAAGUUCAGAACUGCACUGUACUGUUAGGACUGCGUGAGUGGGAAACGGAGGCAAGAUGUUGAAGCUGUGUUUUAUUGUGUGCCUGGUUGGUAGUGUGUGGAGCAGCGCGGAUAUUAAAACUGAUGAGGGCGUUUUAGUCCUUAAUAAAGAUAAUUUUGAGGCGGCAAUUUCUGAUACGGAAUUUAUACUUGUAGAAUUCUAUGCUCCGUGGUGUGGACACUGUAAGUCUCUUGCACCUGAAUAUGCAAAAGCAGCGAAGAAGUUGGAAGAAAAGCAAUCGGCUAUCAAGUUAGCUAAGGUAGAUGCCACAGAAGAAACCGAUUUAGCGGAGAAACAUGGUGUUAGAGGCUACCCAACGCUGAAGUUCUUCCGUAAAGGAUCACCUGUUGACUACACAGGUGGACGAACAUCUGAUGAUAUUGUUAAUUGGUUGUUAAAGAAAACUGGACCUGUAGCUAAGGAACUUGGAUCUGUGGAGGAGGCAAAGUCAUUCAUUGAUGGUGAUAAUGUUGUUGUUGUGGGAUUCUUCAAGGACCAGGACUCGUCAGCAGCGAAGGUAUUCCUGGAAGCUGCUGCAACAAUUGAUGAUCAUCCUAUUGGCAUAUCAUCAUCUGAUGAUGUAUUUUCUGAAUACAGUGCAAGUGAUGGCAAUAUUAUACUUUUUAAGAAGUUUGAUGAAGGCAAAGCUGUCAUGGAUGGUGAGGUAACAGAACAAGCCAUAAAGAAAUUUGUGGCAGCUCAGUCUCUUCCACUAGUAGUGGAAUUCAAUCAUGAUACUGCCCAGAAAAUUUUUGGUGGUGAAAUUAAGAGCCAUCUUCUUAUAUUCUUAUCGAAGGAGGCUGGACAUUUUGAUAAAUACUUGGAUGCUGCUCGUGAAUCUGCCAAGGACUUCCGGGAAAAGUUGCUGUUUGUUUCCAUUAAUUCUGAUGAGGAAGAUCAUCAGAGAAUCCUAGAAUUCUUUGGUAUGAAGAAGGAAGAGGUACCUGCAAUGCGUCUUAUCCGUUUGGAGGAAGACAUGGCCAAAUAUAAGCCAGAAGACCCAGAAAUAACUGCUGAUAACAUAAAGAACUUUGUACAGGGCUUCCUUGAUGGUAAUCUGAAGCAACACCUGCUUUCUCAAACACUGCCUGAUGAUUGGGACAAGACACCUGUCAAGGUUCUUGUCUCAACAAAUUUUGAUGAAAUAGCAUUUGAUAAAUCCAAAGAUGUCUUGGUGGAAUUCUAUGCACCAUGGUGUGGUCACUGCAAACAGCUUGCUCCUAUUUAUGAUCAGCUUGGUGAGAAAUUUAAAGACAGUGACAGUGUUGUGAUAGCAAAAAUGGAUGCUACAGCAAAUGAACUUGAGCAUACAAAGAUAACGAGUUUUCCUACACUGAAACUUUACACGAAAGGUGAAAACAAGGUCAUAGAGUACAACGGUGAAAGAACUCUGGAAGGACUCACAAAGUUUUUGGAAUCUGGUGGUACCUAUGGACAAGCUGCUCCUGAUGAGGCUGAAGAAGAGGAUGAAGAUGACGAUUUACCACGCAAAGAUGAAUUGUAGAAAUGAGUCAGCAUAUUUUUGUGUUGUGAAUGACUGAGUGGAUGUGAUAUGUGCAUCUGUAAUAGUUCUGUUCCAGUGUAAGAUUAAAAAAAGAGACUGAUAUAUUCUGAUAUUUUCUGUAAAAUAGUUUUAUGAGGAUAAGCUUUUGGGAUGUUCCUAACAAAUUAACAGUAAUUAAUUAUAUUUUAUAAAGUUCUCAUGAUUUUGUUGGUAAUGUUGGAGCAUCCCUAUAAAAGCUGUUGUAUGCCUUCCAUUAUGUUGCUGCAAUCAUUCCUAUGAUGUACAAAAGGUUCCAAAUCUACUUGGCACAAAUAUUUGGAUAUAAGACUAAAUUCACUGAUAGUUUUUCAAAAUUUUAUGCUUUUGGUGUUAUUUUUAAGCCAAAAGUUUCUAAUUCUGUAGUAAUUUGCUCCAUCCCAGUUUUAUAAACAUUGUUUUUAAUGUUUAAUUUAUUGUUUAUUGCAUUUAUCUUGUUGCUUUGUAAGAAUGCUCACAUUUUUAUAUCUUGUAGUAUAGUGAAUGCAGUUAUUUAUUUGAUAUUACUAAAGAAAAGUAUUUUUUGUUACAAAUGAGUUUGCCAAAAAAAUUUUCUAAUACAGUAAAAAUUCUAUGAACCAGUAUAGUGCUUUGCCGUGCUGGAAAGUGGGACAUUUGUUAAGAUACUUAACUCAUUUCUUCCAUUGCUCCAUGUUACUGAUGAUGCAAGUAAAAAAAUUUUCAGAGAA